UUUCACAACAAAUCGGACUGUUCAUUUUAGUAAAUAUUGAAAUUAUAUUUCGCCAUGGAGAGGCUAAACGAUGAUUGUGUGUGCCAUAUACUGGAGUACCUGCCGCUGGUGGAUCAAAUAAAGAUGUGCCGACUGUCGCCACGCUUCCGGGAGGUGCUCUGCCUGAUUGUGUGGAGGAAGCCGCGGUAUCGGAACGUCUCCGUAUCCGAUGCCAUGCUGAAGCCUUUGAGCAAAACGGACUACGUCUACUUCUUUGAGCUGACCAGCGCCGCCAUGGAGGAGCUGUACAUAUGGAAUGUUCAUUCAAAGGCAUUCGAUUCGUACCUGGGACGCCACCUGCUGCGCCCCGAACUGAGCUUCUAUCUGCGUCGAGACUUUAGUAAUCUGAAAGAGCUUUGCAUUGCAGAUGAAAACAUGAACAACAGCAUGGUCAACACAGUAGCUAAGAACUGUCGCCAGUUACGCUGUCUGAGCGUGUCCAGCGCCUAUGUGACGGGCAAGCACAUGAUCGGUCUGACCAAGCUCGAGUCGCUGGUAGCCCGUGAAUGCUCCAUUGAGACGGAGCACCUAAGAGAGAUACUGGAUCAGCUGUCGCUGACCCAUCUGGAUCUCACCGCCAACAGGUACCAAGUGGAGGAGACCAUCCUUCAGAGUGCGGGCGCCAAGCGUCUCCAGCGUCUGGGAAUAUCCGAUGCUCAGGACUAUGGCUUUCUCUUGGCCGACCAUCUGCCGCAGCUAACCACACUGACGGUUAGCUACCACAAGGUGACGCCCCAAGAUCAGCUUGAUAUGUUGGAAACUACACGUAGACGGGUUGAGGACUCGCCCGGUAAAUUUCCCAAGAGACUGCAAUCGAUUCUGUGCAAUGUUGUGGAUGUGGAGGUCGCUCUCGAGCAGAUUGCUGGUCUCGAGAAGCGUCAUCCUAGAGAUACACCAAAGUUUAAUGAGAUUCUAAAAAUUAUGUACUUUCUGUCCAAGCCAGUGGGGAGCGACAAGACGACGCCCCCUUGAGAUUGUUAUUGGUCUAGAUGUUUGCCUAUGCUAACAGAUAAGUUUCACCCAAACGAUGAGCCGUACUGACAGGAGUAGUUCUGCAAAUUCCCAGUAAUUCCCUAGUCUAAUUGUUACUCUCUAUUGCUAAGGUUACUUUACUUUUGUUAUGUUUUGCGGCAGCCCCUUUGUGUUUCUAGGAGGAACUCUGUCGGAUGUGGCUGUGAUAGUAUUUCAGUGACUUGUUAAACGUUUCCCUAAUAUUUGUGUAGGUUUGUUUUAAAAAUGAACGUACAGCUUUACCUGUUUCUGUUGCGUCAAGGAUGUCAACUAACGAACCGAUUCUCGAUCAACCCAACGUAAGUAGGGAGCACGAGAUGACGCUUUCGAUCCGUUGGUCCUUUUGUACCAUAUAUGUAUGUCGUGACAUCCCAUUAGGAUUAGAAUCGCAUCGCUUUGUUCUAUGUGUAAAUAAAUGUUGUUUGUUCUCUAAUCGUAAA